AUGGUCGACGCUUUUCAGAACGAUUGCGGGCUUGUCUCGACGGCGCCUCGGCCGGUUCGCAAGAAAUUCGCCAAACCGCCCGUCAAAGUAGCUUGUUUGCCUUGUCGCGCCUCCAGAACACGUUGUGGCGGACAGGAACCCUGUUCCAAUUGUGUCGCCAAAGGCCGAAAAUGCUCAUACCUACCCAGCAAGCGGGGUGGGCCUCGCAAGAAGAAGCAAAAGGCCUCGCCCUCUCCAGAAGAAGAAGAGGCGCCGCAUGAAGAUGCACAGUAUGCUGUGGAUCCCGCUGUGGAAUUCGAUGAGCCGCCGGGGAUGUUCAGUCAAAUCGACGUGCUGUCUCUACCGGGCGCUGGAUUGCGGCAUCUGGAUUUCCCACAGGUGGGCUCUCUAUUCCAGGGCUUCUAUGGUGGAGAUGGAAGUCCGUCUCAUGUUCAUCUGGAGGCUAUGCCGUCCCCCAUGAGUACAACGUCAUGUCUGGUGAGAACCUACGGGAGUGAACCAGAAAUUUUGAACGCCUAUUAUGAUUUCAUCCAUUCUUAUUUCCCCAUCUUGCCGCCUCGGGCAUCACCCCAGUUCCAGGACCGACCAUUGCAUUGUCCUGUCUCCCCGGGGCCAUCAUCAGAGCCUCUCAUGAUGUAUAGGCCCCGCUCGCCGUUGAGCCUGGCAAUAUCAGCAAUUCUGGCCCUAAUCCCACAUCCUGAUGACCCGGAACCUUCUUCACCUGCAUCCGUUCUUCAGCGAAGGACGUACUCGCAUACAUUUGCGCAACUAGCAAAUUCGAUCAUUGAGACUGAGUGUGAUCUAGAACUGUCCUCCACUGAUCCCGGUCAAGCAUUGUCAAGUGCGCGACCUUCGGUCAAUCGAGAGAGGCUUCAUCCUAUGACUCCUGAGGAUCUCGAGACCCUUCUAGCUCUGCUGAUUCUUUCGGUAUAUGAGUAUUCUCAAAGAGGGAAUCUUCUCAAGAUGAGAUAUCGGGCUGGUCAAGCAUUGGCUCUUGCUCUGGAUAAGUCGCUUCAUUGCUGCAUGGACAAUGAUGAAUACUCCGAAGCUCGGCGUAGAGCUUGGUGGAUGACGUAUUAUUGCGUCAUUCAAGGCUCCAUUGUGAGCACCACUCCCCCGACGAUAGUCAUCAAUGACCCACAAUUUACGACCCCAUACCCACGUUUCGAGUCAGAUGCCGAGGGCUGGUCCAUCCUAAUCCAAGCACAACAAGUCUUGAUUUCCGCCACUCAAUUCAUCUCCGAUCUUAACAAGAGUCUCACGUCCCAAACGGGUCUGCAUUACAUAUUUGAACGAAUGCAGCAACUCGAUUCUUGGACAAACUCUGUACUUGCGCAGACAGAUGUGCUUCCAAUGGUCUCUCACGAGCCUGACUUUGGCGAUCGCCGUGAAACGAUAACUGCUCAGAGUAUACGGCGAAUCUCCCGGAUUAAAUUGUCCAGUGCACAAAUCAAAACCCAUAGAUUCCGAGCCUUCUCCGACAUACCCAUCUUCAUCAAACGACACUGCGACUUGACAGCUGCAAACCCGGGCAACACAUUAACAGACCCACCCACAAAGCCCGCCGUCCAAGCAUCAGGAAUAAAUAAUGUCUCCUGCUCAUGCAGCAAUCUCGACCACUUCCAACGCGCCUCAUCAACUGAAUACAUGACACCCUCCGACUCCUCAACCUCAUCCGACAUUCACCCCUACAUUCCCCAAUACCAACAAUACCCAUUCGCAUCCGGAUUCCCAUACAGCCCACAACACUCAGCAAAGAUAUGUCUACGAUCCGCACUCACUAUCUCCCGCAUGUUCGAGGCACUGCCCUAUCCCCAACCCCUAUCCGAGAGCGGACAGCAGCAACAGCAUCAAUCGGGGCAGCCCCUGCCUCGAACGAUGCCUUCCUUCGCAUGUUGUCUCAUGCAAAGCAGUUACGCGAUGUUCAUGAUCUUCUACAAGGCCCGCGUGGCGAAGCAACUCUCGCCGGACGUGGAGAGUGAGCUCAUGAGUGAUUCAACAGAACAGCUCGUAGAAGAUCUGAGGCAGGGACUGGAGCGGAUUAUUGCGGCUGUGUCAAAUUAUUCGUUUGCUUUUGAGGCGUUGGAUGGGAUGCGAGACGAAAUUCAGGGUGCAUAUCAAACGGCGUUCCCUUCUGCAUCUGUUUAA